CCGGGCCGCCGGGCUGGGAGGCGCGUGCGCGCGCGGGCUGAGCGUUCUCCGGAGAGAAAGUAGAAUCUGGAAACCGUUCACCAGAAAGAAACUCAUUAGUUCGGGGCUGGAGGAUCGGUCUGCAUCAGAUACGAAAAUGAAAGAGCCACUGUUGGAUGGUGACCAUGGUGGGGCAAUGACACUGCAGCUGGAGCAGCUGAAUGAGAUUAAGACAGAGCCCGACAAUGCCCAAGAGUAUUGUCAAGCCCAACAGCCCAAAAAUCAGGAGAAUGAACUGAAAAUAAACACAUUUUCCGACAGUGCUUCACAGCUGAAUACAGGCAUUCAGCUUUCUCUGGCAUCAUCCGGCACGAAUAAAAUGCUCCCUUCAGACUCAACUGCAGCUAAUCAGGUUUCCUGUGCUGGUUGUAAAAAAAUCCUGCAGAAGGGACAAACUGCUUAUCAGAGGAAAGGGUCUACUCAGCUGUUCUGCUCCACACCGUGCAUCACUGAGUACAUUUCAUCUGCCAAUGUAACAGCCUCUGCCAAGACAGCUUGCUCAAACUGCUCCAAAGACAUUCUAAAUCUGAAGGAUAUGAUCAAUGUGCAACUGGAAGAUAAUACCUCUAGCAAAAAUUUUUGUAGCCAGUCUUGUCUUUCAUCCUAUGAAGAAAAAAGGAAACCAUUUGUUACCAUAUGUACUAGUGGCAUUUUGACCAAGUGCAGCAUAUGUCAGAAGACAGCUACUAUUCAGUAUGAAGUAAAGUAUCAGAAUGUGAAAUAUAGUCUUUGCAGUAAUGCCUGCUUUUCAAAGUUUCAUUCUGCUAACAACUUCAUCAUGAACUGUUGUGAGAAUUGUGGCGUGUACUGUUACACCAGCUCUAGCCUGUUCCAGAUACUUCAAAGGGAUGGACAGUCUCCUUACUUUAGUAGCUCAAAGACUAUUACAGCGUAUGAGAAGAAACCUGCCAAAACGCUUACAUCUUUUCCUUACAAAUCAUUGAAACCGUCAGAUGAAAUGAUUGAGAUUACUAAUGACUUGGGGAAGACAGAGGUUUUCUGCUCUGUUAAUUGUUUUUCUUCAUAUGGCAAAGCUAAGAUGGAUUCUUCUUCAGUAAAUGUUUCCACAAUGCACAGUAUUUCGAUGGAGCACCUUUCUCCAAAGAAAGAUUUAAUUCCAGUCAUAAGCAAUAUAAUGUCAUUAGCAGAUAAUGAUGCUGCCCUGCCCAUCAUGAACACAGAGAUCUUGCAAGGUACAGUUUCUUCAGUACCAGCAAAUGUCAUUACAGAUAUCCCAAAGAGUUCACCCAGGGACCCCGGCAGUGGUGCUGUUAGCGGGGUGGAACAACCAAGCCCCUUGCCGUCCCCUCCAGUACUGGGUCCGUGCACAGCUGAUGCCAGCAUAGAAGUGCAGAAAGGGGAAGCGCUAAGCCCGGAUCCUGCGUGCAGCGUGAAAGUGAGUAAUGGACUCUCUCAUACAAAAUUCACAUCGAAAGUGCACAGAGUUAAAGAUAGGCCACAGAGCAUUAGAAAAUCUUGGUGUUCAAAUCGUCAGCGCAUAAAUAUAAAUAAAAAAGAUGUAACAUUUUGUUAUUCCUGCCAGUUGUUCUGCCAAAAAAGUUUUGGCUGUGGAGGAGAGUCAUUUCCAACCCAAGGAACUUCGAACUGGAAAAAAAUGCUGGAAAAAUUCAGAAAGCAUGAAAAAAGUGAAAUGCAUUUGAAGUCCUUGCAGUUUUGGAAGAAAUACCAGUUUUGUACUGAAGCUGUCAGUGAUAAUUUAUCUAAUCAUCCAAAGCAGAUUGAGGAGCAAAAACAGUACCUAAAACUUAUAGUUGAAAAUAUUUUGUUUCUUGGAAAACAGUGUUUACCCUUAAGGGGCAAUGACCAUUCUGUUUCUUCUGUGAAUAAAGGCAACUUUUUAGAAUUGUUAGAAAUGAGAGCGAAAGACAAAGGAGAAGAAAUAUAUCAACUUACGAAUUCACAAGUUGAUUUCUAUAAUAGUACACAAAUCCAAGCUGAUAUUUUUCAAGUAAUAAAGAUGGAAAUGUUGCAGGAUAUUGUGAAUGAGGUCAAUGCCUCCUCAGCUUUUUCAAUUAUAUGUGAUGAGAUAACUGGUAAUGCCACCAAAGAACAGCUUUCAGUUUGUGUAAGAUACCCACAGAAAACAUCCAAGGCUAUUGUAAUUAAGGAAAGAUUCUUGGGGUUUGUUGAUAAUGAAGAGAAGACUGGGACCCACUUACACAGCAGUAUCAGAACUUAUCUGCAGCAAAUUGGAGUUGAUUUUAAUACAAUUUGUGGCCAGGCCUAUGACAGUACUGUCAACUUGAGGGUCAAAUUUAAUAAAAUUGCAGCAGAAUUCAAGAAGGAAGAGCCAAGAGCUCUGUAUCUACAUUGUUAUGCACAUUUUUUUGAUUUAGCAGUAAUUAGGUUUUGCAAAGAAAUAAAAGAACUCCGAGGUGCUCUAAAUACCCUAAGUUCUUUGUUCAAUACUAUUUAUGUGUCUGAAGAAAUGCUGGCAAAAUUUCAAGACAUUUGUAAGCUAAGUCAAAACAAAACAUGCAGUAAACAUACAUCACAGUCGUGCUGGAUAGUCCAUGACCGGACAUUGCUGUCUGUGAUUGAGAAGCUUCCAGAAAUCAUUGAAACACUGGAGGUUGUGUCAGGCCAUUCUUCAGACACAAGUUUGGCUGAUGAAUUGAAUGAUUUGUUAACACUGGUUUGCAAAUUUGAGUUUAUUUUUUGUUUAAAAUUCCUUUAUCGAGUGCUAAGUGUUACAGGAAUUCUUUCCAAAGAGCUUCAAAGUGAAACCAUAGACAUUUUUUCUUUGUCUUCAAAAAUAGAAGCCAUUUUGGAAUGUUUAUCAUCUGAAAAAAAUGAUGUAUAUUUCAAAACUCUCUGGGAUGGAGCACAAGACAUAUGUAGAAAAAUUAUCAGUGAAGGUUUUGAAGUUGAAAAGCCUACCCUCCAAAAAAGAAGAAAAAUUCAGAAAACAGAUGCUGACAAUUCAGAGAAUAUGUUUUUUCCUACUUCAACAGAAGAACAAUAUAAAAUUAAUGUUUAUUACCAAGGAUUGGAUAUUAUAUUACAGAAUUUAAAAUUGUAUUUUUCAGAGUUUGAUUAUUGCAAAAUGAAGCAAAUUUCAGAGCUAUUACUUAAAUGGAAUGAACCAUUAAAUGAAACAACAGCCAAACAUGUUCAAGAAUUUUAUAAACUUGAUGCAGAUAUUAUCCCUGAACUUAGAUUUUAUCGGCACUAUGCAAAACUCAACUUUGUCAUAGAUAAUGCUUCCAUCAAUUUCCUUACUCUUGGCUAUCUAUUUAUUCAGCAUGGUCUUCACAACAAUAUUCCUUGUAUCUCAAAGCUAUUACAUAUUGCUUUGUCUUGGCCAGUUACAUCAGCAAGUAGUGCAAACUUGUUUUCUACACUGCCUCGUCUUAAAACAUACUUAUUUCAUACUAUGGGACAAGAGAAGCUUAGUGGCCUGGCCCUAAUGGCUAUUGAGCAGGAACUGGUAAACAAAUUGAUGGAGCCUGAAAGACUCAGUGGAAUAAUAGAGAAGUUUAUCAGUCGAAUGUAAGAAAUACAGUACCUACUAAUUGGAAUUUAUGUAACACAAUUUUAUCUGCUUGUAAUACUGGUUUUUGUUUCUGUUUUGAUUUGCUUUUUCUUUUCUUUUCACUUGUUUCUUUGAGAUGUGGUAAUUGUUUUUGCUCACAGCUGGAUGGGAACUUGUGAGCUCCUUUCUCAACCCCCCAAGUAGCCAGGACUCGGGCAUGGCAGUGUGUGCAGCCUGGAAUCCUAGUUUUCUUUUGUUAGUGAUCUUCCUGUUUUCAGCCGCCCCAGCGCUGGGAUUACGG